CACGCCAGCGCUCGGGACCCAUGGUUCAGCUAUCGCGAGAAUCACCUCCCGGAAGUUCCACGUCAGUCAGUCGGCGGGUCAGUGGGUACAGGGGCUACGUUACCCGGAGAGUGAGGGCGCUGGCACCCGGACCAACGGAACCAUGCCUCUGCGACUUGAUAUCAAGAGAAAGCUAACUGCUCGAUCUGAUCGAGUUAAAAGUGUAGAUUUGCAUCCUACAGAGCCAUGGAUGUUGGCAAGUCUUUACAAUGGCAGUGUAUGCGUUUGGAAUCAUGAAACACAGACACUGGUGAAAACAUUUGAAGUAUGUGAUCUUCCUGUUCGUGCUGCAAAGUUUGUUGCUAGGAAGAACUGGGUUGUGACUGGAGCAGAUGACAUGCAGAUUCGAGUGUUCAAUUACAACACAUUGGAAAGAGUUCACAUGUUUGAAGCACACUCUGACUACAUUCGCUGUAUUGCUGUUCAUCCGACCCAGCCUUUCAUUCUAACCAGUAGUGAUGACAUGCUUAUUAAGUUGUGGGACUGGGAUAAAAAAUGGUCUUGCUCACAAGUAUUUGAAGGACACACCCAUUAUGUUAUGCAGAUUGUUAUUAACCCCAAAGAUAACAAUCAGUUUGCCAGUGCAUCUUUGGACAGAACCAUCAAGGUGUGGCAGCUGGGCUCCUCAUCUCCAAACUUCACCCUGGAGGGACAUGAGAAAGGUGUGAACUGCAUUGACUACUACAGUGGUGGGGACAAGCCAUACCUCAUUUCAGGUGCAGAUGACCGUCUCGUAAAAAUAUGGGACUAUCAGAAUAAGACAUGUGUGCAGACACUGGAGGGACAUGCCCAAAAUGUGUCUUGUGCCAGUUUUCAUCCUGAGUUGCCAAUCAUCAUAACAGGCUCAGAAGAUGGAACUGUGCGUAUUUGGCAUUCGAGUACCUAUCGUCUUGAGAGCACUUUGAAUUAUGGAAUGGAGAGGGUGUGGUGUGUGGCCAGUCUGAGAGGGUCCAACAAUGUUGCUCUGGGCUAUGAUGAGGGAAGCAUCAUAGUUAAGCUUGGUCGGGAGGAACCUGCCAUGUCCAUGGAUGCCAAUGGGAAGAUAAUUUGGGCCAAACAUUCAGAAGUUCAGCAGGCCAACCUGAAAGCAAUGGGUGAUGCUGAAAUUAAAGACGGGGAAAGAUUGCCACUGGCGGUCAAGGAUAUGGGCAGUUGUGAAAUAUACCCCCAGACUAUUCAGCACAAUCCUAAUGGACGGUUUGUUGUGGUAUGUGGUGAUGGCGAGUAUAUCAUCUAUACAGCAAUGGCUCUGAGAAACAAGAGCUUUGGGUCUGCCCAGGAGUUUGCAUGGGCCCAUGAUUCUUCAGAGUAUGCAAUUAGAGAGAGCAACAGUGUUGUCAAGAUAUUUAAGAACUUCAAGGAAAAAAAAUCCUUUAAACCAGAUUUUGGAGCUGAAAGUAUCUAUGGAGGCUUCUUACUAGGAGUCCGAUCUGUAAAUGGCUUAGCUUUCUAUGAUUGGGAUAAUACAGAGCUCAUACGCAGAAUUGAAAUCCAGCCCAAGCAUAUUUUCUGGUCUGACUCUGGAGAGCUAGUCUGUAUCGCCACUGAGGAGUCAUUUUUCAUCCUGAAGUAUCUUUCGGAAAAAGUCUUGGCUGCACAGGAAACUCAUGAGGGCGUGACUGAAGAUGGCAUUGAAGAUGCUUUUGAGGUUCUUGGUGAGAUUCAGGAAAUUGUGAAAACAGGGUUGUGGGUAGGUGACUGCUUCAUUUACACAAGCUCCGUGAACAGACUAAAUUAUUACGUUGGAGGAGAAAUAGUCACCAUCGCCCACUUGGACAGGACAAUGUAUCUCUUGGGCUACAUUCCUAAAGACAACAGGCUCUAUCUGGGGGACAAGGAACUGAACAUUGUUAGCUACUCCCUGUUGGUGUCAGUGCUGGAGUACCAGACAGCUGUCAUGCGGAGGGACUUUGGCAUGGCCGAUAAGGUCCUUCCUACUAUUCCAAAAGAGCAGAGGACCAGGGUGGCACACUUUCUGGAAAAGCAGGGCUUCAAGCAGCAAGCUCUUACAGUAUCCACAGAUCCUGAACAUCGCUUUGAACUGGCUCUUCAGCUGAGAGAACUGAAAAUUGCAUACCAGUUAGCAGUGGAGGCAGAGUCAGAACAGAAGUGGAAGCAACUGGCUGAACUUGCCAUCAGCAAAUGUCAGUUUAGCCUGGCCCAGGAGUGCCUGCACCACGCACAGGACUAUGGUGGACUACUGCUUCUGGCCACCGCUUCUGGCAAUGCUGCCAUGGUGAACAAGUUGGCUGAGGGUGCAGAGAAGGACGGCAAAAAUAAUGUGGCCUUCAUGAGCUACUUUUUACAGGGCAAGCUUGAUGCUUGUCUGGAGCUCUUGAUUAGAACAGGACGAUUGCCAGAAGCUGCCUUCCUUGCCCGGACUUAUUUACCCAGUCAGGUUUCAAGGGUGGUCAAACUCUGGAGAGAAAGUCUCUCGAAAGUUAAUCAGAAAGCAGCCGAAUCCCUUGCUGACCCAACAGAAUAUGAAAACCUUUUUCCUGGAUUAAAAGAAGCCUUUGUUGUGGAGGAAUGGGUGAAAGAAACACAUGCGGAUUUGCAGCCUGCCAAGCAGUACCCGCUCGUGACGCCAAAUGAAGAAAGGAAUGUCAUGGAAGAGGCCAAGGGCUUUCAGUCCUCCAGACCUGCAGUGCAACAGGAACUUGACGAGAAGUCUGCUUCUCCCACUCCAGGCAGCGGCCCCCACACAGCCAACAAAGAAGAAAAGAAUUUACUCGAACUUGAAGUCGAUUUGGAUAAUCUGGAAUUAGAAGAUAUUGACACAACAGAUAUCAACCUGGACGAAGAUAUUUUGGAUGACUGAAAAUCAUGUUUCCCAUUUACCCAGCUAAACAGAUCAUUAUUAUGGACAGGUAUUGAAUCACCCUAACCACAGCGCUCUGGACUUUGGAUUUUGUAUGGAAAUGCUAUGGGCUGCUGGGAACACAGUGCUGUCCUCCCCUUGGCAGUCACUGUGCAGCACCUAGAUCACUGUAUUUCCACAUAGGCUCAGAUCUUUGUUUUCAUACUCCAUUAAGACCGUAUGUCAUUAAAUAUUUUGAAUUAGUGAAGACACUUCAAAGUUUUCCCUUUUUGAAUAAUGAAAAAAGACUUCAGGGUUUUAAGUAGCUGAAACAACACUGCUUCCAGUGUUCCACAUCCUCUUUACAUAACUAAAUCAUAUUUUUAAAUGUCAGCAGUCACAUUAAAAAAAAAAAAGAAUGCCCAUGCUA